CUCUGUGACAUAAAAAGAAGAAAAUGCAAAAUCUAAGCAAGGGUCUCUCGGUCAAUGCCCACAAACUCAAACCUGGAACUCCUCCGACGUGUUCACGCUGAGCGCACCUCCGAUCAGGCAUCUGUGACCAUGGCUUCGGCUCUGCCUCUCUACAUCGGAAUGGAGGUGGUGAUCGCCGUGUCCUCGGUCAUCGGCAACGUGAUGGUCGUCUGGGCUGUUCGCAUCAACCGGUCUCUGAGAGACACCACGUUCUGCUUCAUCGUCUCUUUGGCCUUGGCUGACAUUGCGGUCGGGGCUCUUGUCAUCCCGCUUGCCAUAACCAUCAGCAUCGGGCUCCAGACACACUUCUACAGCUGCCUGUUGUUCGCCUGCACGGUGCUCGUCCUGACCCAAAGUUCAAUCCUUGCGCUGCUGGCCAUCGCUAUUGAUCGUUAUCUGAGAGUCAAAAUACCCAUGAGUUACAAGCGAGUGGUGACCCCUUGGCGAGCUGGGACAGCCGUGCUGUUGUGUUGGCUGGUGUCCAUCAUAGUGGGCCUCACUCCAAUGUUUGGCUGGAAUAACCUACAGUCUCUCCUUAAAAAUGGCACCGUGACCACUGAAGAGCUUGUGGUGACCUGCCAGUUUGAGACAGUCAUCAGCAUGCACUACAUGGUCUACUUUAACUUCUUUGGCUGGGUCCUGCCGCCUCUGCUGCUCAUGCUGGCCAUCUAUGUGGAGAUUUUCUACAUGAUCCAUAAACAGCUCAACAAGAAGGUGACGGCAAGCCACAUGGAUCCCAGACGAUACUUUGGAAAAGAACUUAAAUUAGCCAAGUCCCUCGCCCUCGUCCUUUUCCUCUUCGCAGUCAGCUGGCUCCCACUUCACAUUCUCAACUGCAUCACCCUCUUCCUCCCGAACUACGAGACGUCGAUGUCCCUCCUUUACGUCGCCAUCAUUCUCACCCACGGCAACUCAGCCGUCAACCCCAUCGUCUACGCUUUCCGCAUCAAGAAAUUCCGCACGGCGUUUCAGAAAAUCUGGAAACAGUACAUGCUGUGUCAGGACCCCAUCGGCCGCCUUCCUCAGCGAGGGAACCAGAGAGGGCAGAGCCGCGACAUGAGGCUCAGGCAGAAUGAUGAUGACGAUGACGAUGUUUGACCUUUGGGGACUAAUUGUGCUACUGUGUUACUGACAAUUUUUAAAGCAGUUGUUUACAGGAAGUGAGAGACCUGAUGCUCAAGGAGCUGCAGAUCCCAGUGGCAUUAAGGGUAUGGAGAAAGCGGGGCUUUUAUGACCAAUCUCUUGAACUGAAAUCAGUAAGUGCAUAUGUGUAGCACAUGUGUUACUAUAGCGUUGUGUACUGUAUUUCUUGACUGAAAUUACAAUUCACGGCCUUCGACAUCUGAAAGAGCUCCAGUCUACUCAUCUAAAAUCUUUGCUUCAUUAACAUUCUUCAUUUUGUGGGCUUAAGUACAAAAAGGAAGUGAGCAUUGGUGAAUAGAAGGACUCUGGUGAACUUGUGACUGAAGCUUCGGAAUGAAGUUUGGUGCUUUAAGAAGGUUUGCGAUGUUGGGUAUGUUCUUUGUUGACGUGGGGAAAAAAGAUCCAAUCAGAAUCUUUAGCAAAACUUAUGGUUUUAUUAAUAUUAAAGUUACAUUGAUAAUCAAACUCAUUCCAACUGUAUUAAAAUUUCUUAAAAUCAUCCAUAUUUUGUCACUUCUGUAUUUUUAUUUUAAUUUUAUUUUAUUUUUUUAGAAAAACCAUGAGAGUAGAGAAUAACUUUGAAAAAAUAUGGCAUUUAUUAUUUGGCCUGUCAUUACAGGGAACAUAGUUUUUGUAUACAAAAUCUGAGAUUAUGAAAGAUUUGUUUUGCAUGUGCACCAGAUGCCAGGAGACUACUGGAAACAUUAACACAGAGGAAGACGUUAUGGCCUUCGACAUCUGAAAGAUCAACUCUUGUCGAUUUCACAAGAGUGAAAUAAUUUAUCUGUGUAUCCCACCCUCUGUCAUGCUUUGUCAGACUGAUUUUCCAUUAAACUUCAAAUGUAAGUAAAAAAAAAAGAGUUCAUGAUAGGAACCAUAUUGUUUUUUCAGCCGAGCCUUGCUUCAGGCCUGUUCAGAAGCUUCUUGUGCUGAAUCUUGAUGUUAUGAAAGUUAAGGUUUACCCCACCUUGUGGUGCCGGAGGGGUAUUACAACAGUUCUGAUUGCAGUCCCACAGAGUGUUUAGAUGAAGACCUCCUCCACCUAUCUACCUCCCCCCCCCCAAAAAAAAUAGAUAUUGAGAAAAUAUGUGGAGCAGUGUUGCUGGGGUCUGAGACCAUUCGACUGACAAAAUAACUAAUCCUACUUAAUAACUCUUGCUUUUAAUUAGAUAUUUGUGGACACAAUGCUUAAAACCCACAGACACAUUGGUCAUAUAACUGCAGCCACAUCAGAGUUUUAAUUAAAGAUCAACGCAUUCAAAUAAUGCUGGUGCUCCUUCAUCUUCUCAGCUCUGUUUGAAUGUGUCCUUUUAUCCUCACUGCACACUCGGCUGGCCGUUCACUUUUUCAAAGUUUACUCUUGAUUCAUGAGAAAAUACAAUCAUGUCUUUUUAAUUAACUUUCCUUUCAGGACAGGGAUACUUUAAUGAGUGUUGCUUGUGUAAAGUGAAUCACAAUUGAUGCAGUAUGUUAUGCACAUGGUAAUAUAUAACAGCUGACAUUAAUAUUAUACAUAAAACCCAAUGUAACUAACUCAUGUAGGCGCUGGUAGGAGACACUGAUUCAUCUCACUGAGGGAACAGCUGUGGAGUGACGAAAUUCACAGCUGUUGUUUGCAAAGAGCAGGAAGUCCGACCUCUAAUCUCCUCUUAUUUCACCAGCCAGAAAAAAAUGUUGAGGGGUUUUGGAUUUGUAAUGCAUUAUUUGCACUCAAAUUUUGAAGAAUCACAAUUUAAAUGGAUUUAUUUUCUUACUUUUUAAAUAUUUUUCCUUCUUCUCUCCAUUGCUCUCUGUAUAACAUGUUAAGGCAGUCAAGGGCUAUUUUGUUUUUCUCUGAAGACAUGCAUCACAUAUUUAUGUUAUUUGGCAGACAGGGGGUGAAUAAGUGAAGGGCUUCUAAGCAUGAAUGCAAGAAAGAAGUAAAACCAAAUCUAGAGUUUAUAUUUUAGAAAGAGUUGCUUCUUAGGCAGAAACCUGUUAUGCAGAAGUACAGGUUUUGCAUAGGUAUUACAGAGAAAAGAAAAAAAAAACAUACACUUGAGGAUACUAAUCUAACAAGACUGAGUGCGUUUCAAAUGCUGCACCGGCAUAAUACAAUAAUGUAUCCACGUGAUUACUUUCUUUCAUUUUCUGUGCGUGAGCUAUUUCCAAAAGCAGAAAUGGGAAAAAGUCUUAUUCUUCAGAUGCAGAUCACUGGUAGAGUAAGAAAU